GUCUUCCUCCGUUCCUUGUGCUUCCCCUCCCUUUCCUUUGCCUGCGCUCCUUCUUCUUUGUUUUUAGUUAAUUCCUUUAAAAAAAAUGGAAAACCCUUUCUUCUCUUAGCUAUACAAAUCAUUUUCUUUCAUCGAGUCUCGGAUAAUCGCUUGCCUUUCCUUUCUUUUUCCUCUUCUUUAUAAUUUUUCUUCCCACUUAAACAAACCCCAUCUUAGACAGUUUUAAAUCUAAAUUAAUCCAUAAAUUAUAUACUAUUAACCCUUGUUUUUUAAAUACUAAUUUUUUAAUCCUUUGUUUUUCCUUAUUUUGGUGCUGGCAUGGCCGGUCUUUUCGACGUUCAUCAUCAGCUUCACAGACCCAACCUUCAUCUCCAACACCGACCUGAAACCGAAGACCAUGAAGCUUCGAACAACCGCGUUGGUGGUGGUGCACAGUAUGGAUCGGCCGAUCAUCACCGAGACGAUGAGUCAACUCACCAGGGUCUAGACCUGGUCAACGCUGCCAACUCGGGGCAAGGUGAUGACCUUGUGGCUCGUAGGCCAAGGGGACGUCCUCCGGGCUCGAAGAACAAGCCUAAGCCACCGGUUAUCAUAACAAGGGAGAGUGCCAACACGCUCCGAGCUCACAUUCUUGAGAUUGGGAACGGCUGCGAUGUGUUCGACUGUAUCGCCAACUACGCUCAGAAAAGGCAGAGAGGUAUCUGUAUAUUGAGUGGCAGUGGUACGGUGACCAACGUGACUAUUAGACAACCAUCGGCAGCUGGAGCUGUGGUUAACCUCCAAGGCAGAUUUGAGAUUCUGUCACUCUCGGGUUCUUUCCUGCCGCCGCCGGCUCCGCCAGGCGCCAGCAGUUUGACAAUCUUUUUGGCCGGUGGACAAGGUCAGGUAGUAGGAGGGAGUGUGAUUGGUGAGCUGAUGGCGGCGGGACCUGUUAUUGUUAUAGCUUCAUCGUUUACAAAUGUGGCCUACGAGAGGCUACCUUUGGAAGAGGAUGACCAGCUGCAGAUGCAAACCGGCAGCGGCGGAAGCGGCGGCGGAGGCGAUGGUGGAAAUAACAUGUCUGCUGAUGCAGGAGCUGCCCCAGGUGGGUUGCCUUUCUUUAAUUUGCCUCUAAAUAUGCCCCCUAAUGUCCAGUUACCGGUUGAAGGAUGGCCUGGAAACUCAGGUGCUAAUAGGCCUACGUUUUGAGAGAUUUUCAAUGGUAAAUUCAAGCUCUAUUUGCAGCAGUUUUCAUAAAGGUCAGCAAAUUUCAUGGACUAUUUAUCAUCUUCUUCUUCAUACACUUUCUCUUAUGUUAA